AUGUAUGCCAAGUGUGGUAGCGUUGCAAAAGCUUUGGAAACUUUCGAAAAGCUCUCGAGUCCGGGUGUGAUUGCCUGGAACACAAUGAUCACGGCGUAUGCCCAGGCUGGAGAUAGCAACGCCGCGAUCGAGCUAUUCCACCAAAUGGAUCUCGAGGGCAUCAAGCCCGACGGCGUCACCUUUAUGGUUUUGCUCGAGGCAUUGGGAUCGAUCGGAUCACUGCAAGAUGGAAAGUUCAUCCACUUGCGUGCCGCAUCGCUUGGAUUUGACGAACAAGACACUUCUCUCUGCAACGCUCUCUUGAAUCUUUACACCAAAUGUGGGAGCAUGCAAGACGCUAUCGCCCUCUUUCACAGAAUGCCCACUCCAAACCAGAUCUCCUGGACUUGCACCAUUGCAGGGUAUGCUCAACAGGGGCAUAGCACCGAAGCCCUCGAGCUCUACCAAAAGAUGGACUUGGAAGGCACCAAGCCCAACCAGGUAACACUUUUGGGAGUCCUCACGGCGUGCACACACGCCGGCCUGGUCGAGGAUGGCAUAUACUACUACAAUUCCAUGGUAUCCGACCAUAACAUCCAGCCCAAGGAAGAACACUACGGUAGCCUUAUUGACAUGCUCGCCAAAGCAGGAUGGCUGCAAGAAGCCGAGGCCCUGAUCGAAACCCUGCCCUUUCACCCGUUCGCCGUGGCAUGGACAUCCCUCCUCGGGGCAUCUUGCAACCACAAGGACGUAGAUCGCGCCGAGCGAGUAGCAGCCAAAGCAAUCGAUCGAGAACCCGGCAAUGCCGGUCCAUACAUUUCCCUGUCAAACAUGUACGCGACGCUGAACCGAUGGGACGACGUCGCCCGCGUGAAGAAACUGAUUGCCUCGCUCAAAGGUGGCGGACAAUAA